AUGAUCUUAAAUAAAGUACUUGGGUUAUUAGCCAUUGCGGUGAGUGUCAUCCAUGGUGCAGACUACUACAAUCCCGAUAUCCAAGCAGAUAUCGAAGCAGCCAUUGUCUCUUCUGUCAUUUACGCUCCUGUUCCUACUCCGCGCAUGCUCAUAGCGGCUGAACCACCCGAAUACACUGCUUCCAAUGACGCAAAAACUGUGUGUCAUAACUAUCGCACUGAUUUCAAAUCUAAUUUAAGAGGUUGGCAGGUAGAGAAUACAAUGCAGGAUACAUACGAUAUCAAUGAAGUGGCGGAAUUACCGUAUAAUUUACAUGGCGGAAGAGGCCCCACAUUAAAUGCAACGACGUAUAUCCGGUACGGUAAAAUCUCUGCCACCAUUAAAUCUGCUGGUACAGGUGGAUCCGUCACUGCUUUUAUCUUGAUGGCGGAUGGAGGCGAUGAAAUUGAUUUUGAAUUUUUAGGUGGAGAUACGAGUCAUGUGCAGAGCAAUUACUUUUGGGGUAAAACAGUGGAAUAUACUGUGAAUGGAGGUAUUCAUGAUGUACCCAAUGGUGCUGUGGAUCAAACAUUUCACAAGUACACGAUUGAUUGGACACCUGAUAAAAUUGAUUGGUUAGUGGAUGAUAAAGUUGUCCGUACAAGAUUAAAAGCAGAUACGUGUGAUAAACAAGGUCAAUGUAAAUUCCCAUCUCAACCGGCACGAAUUCAAUUUGGCUUAUGGGACGGAAGUAUAGAAUCGGGUACAGCUGAAUGGUCUAGAGGUCCCAUUGAUUGGGCACUACCUCAAACUAUUUCCGCACAUAUUAAAGAUGUUACUGUCGACUGCAACCCAGCAUAUAAUCAAAUUGUCAACUAA